AUGGAUGUAAAUAAAGGCUGCAGGCAUUCGGCAAGUAUUCAACCAGCCGACAACGGGAAUCAACCGGCUAACUUUGUGAGUGCUGUCGAAACUUCUUUGCCUCGAAAUGAGGCACAAUUUGCAAUAUUAUCAUACAACAUGCAGUGUGCCGGCUGUUUGAGGACAAUUAAGGACCGAAAAUAUUUAUUGUGUGAGGGAUGCAAUCAGUUUUAUGAUCUGGACUGUGCAAAUGUAUCCGAACAGCGUUUUUAUAAUACAUUAGUUGAUGAACAUAGGAGAAAUUGGAGAUGUGUAUUAUGUGUAAGUAAGAAGCCCAAGAGCGAUAACACUAAUACACCAGCUCGUGCUGCUUUUCAAGCAGUCACAACUCAACGAGGAGGAGCUGUGAGGAGUCCGCUUCAUUUUGAUGUUUCUAUGUCGGAGCAACCGUCUAUUAUGGAUAUUCAUAAUGAUACAGCUCAAAAUGAAACUGUGGAAAUGUCAGACAUGCAGUCAUUGGCCUUAGAAAUGCGGCUAUUUAGAACUGAGAUGAUAGAAGAGAUGCGAGCUACUAGAGCACAGAUGGCGGUGUUAAAUGAAACUUUGGCUAAAAUAUCGAGCAGAGUCAUUAAAUGUGAAGAGCGUAUGGAUAAGCUCCAGGAGCGUCUGAGUGGUAUGGAACAUAGUAUAGAAAAUGGUGCAACGGAGGGCAAUAACAAGUCACUUGAGGCGUCUAUGACAGAGUUGAGAUUGGAACUGAACGACCGAGAUCAGGAGUUGCUAUUAAAUGAUGUAGAGAUUGCAUGCAUUCCGGAACAGAAAGUUGAGAGCCUUCCUCAUAUUGUCACUACUCUAGCAAAUAAAUUGGGAGUUCAAUUGACAGAUCAAGAUGUAGUAAGUGCCACACGCGUAGGAUAUGUAUCAUCGUCCUCUCAAGUAGGUGAGCACAGGCCGCGUCCCAUAGUGGUGCGUUUGUCUCGGCGCAUCGUUCGAGAUCGGUUAUUGCAAGCUGCGCGUGUACGAAGGGGUGCCACUACUGAGGGCUUGGAUAUACCCGAACCAUCCCGGCGGUUUUAUGUUAAUGAGAGAUUAACCAAAAACAAUAGACUGCUGUUCCGUCGAGCACGCGAUCUGGGCAACCAGAUGAACUGGAGAUACGUGUGGACAAGGGACGGCAGGAUAUAUGUGCGCCAGUUCCAAAAUAAAGAUGCUCCACGGUUUCGCAUAAGGACAGAAGAUGACAUUGCACGGAUUUUUGGUCAGGAUGUUGUUUGUCCCUCAGCAUAAUUAUUAACAUCUAUGUAGCUUCUUUUCCAGUAAUUAUGUAUGGUACUGAUUAUAAACCAUAUUUAAAGUUAUAUUUUUGUAUGUACUUUUUCUUUCAGUUUUGUUCUAAAUUAUUUCAUCUAAGCAUUAUAGUAAUUGUUUUAAUUUAUAUACCUAAUGAAUUUUUUGCAAUAAUAUUUAUUCUUUUACCUUUCUUUUUGAUAAACCUUUAUUAUUUUGUUUGUAUGUCAACAUCCUCUAAAUCAUAUGUAUGUUUUACUGUUUUGUAUAUGUACUUUUUCAGUAAGUUUUGUACUCUUUUAUUUGGUCUAAUUAUCAAAUCCAUUGAUUUAAUUUUUGCCCUUAAUGAAUUUUUCUAUGUUAUAUUACCUAAAUUACCAAGUUACUAUUUUUAUUAUCAUCUAAACUCUAUAACAAAAAGUACCAAUCCUCUUAGAGUAAUUGUUGAUAGAUUAAAUAUUUUAUUUAGCUUCAUAAUUGUUUUUGGUGGUUCUAUGUAUAUAUGUUCUGAGCAUAAAUGUUUGAGAUGUGUAUUAUGUGCCCCAGGGUUUCAAUUCAAAUCGAGUGUACAUUUUAAUUCUCUAAUCAUAAUAGAUUUAUUUACUGUCUUAUAUCUACAGUACAUUUGGAUUAUGUAUGUUUACUUAUAUAAUGUGUACUUUCUAAUAUUAUUCAUUAUUUUAUUUAGCCUUGGGAUCAAUUCAUGUAGCCUGGUAUUUUUAUUAUAUUAUAUUAGCUUUCAAUUCUAAAACAAAAUAUCUUAAGUUAGGUCUUUAUAAUGCUGGAUCUCUAAACACGGGUCACGAUGAUUUUCUGAUAGCGAUGAAUCGAUUUGAACCUGACAUAAUAGCUAUAAAUGAAACGUGGUUGCCGGAAGGACAAGAGGCACGUGCGCCAGUAGCACCCGGCUAUCGACUGCGCAACAAACCGCGCCCAAGACACA